AUGUCGCGCGCGAAUCCCCCCAACGCUUCGGGCUCCCGAAAGAUCUCGUUCAACGUAAGCGAGCAGUACGACAUUCAGGAUGUCGUCGGCGAGGGCGCCUACGGAGUCGUCUGGUACGUUGAUCCCCGUCUGUUUUCACGGUUGCGGAGGGACCAUUUCACUGACUGGGCGCGGAACAGCUCUGCGAUACACAAGCCUUCUGGUCAAAAGGUCGCCAUCAAGAAGAUUACACCCUUCGACCACUCGAUGUUCUGCCUGAGAACUCUGCGUGAAAUGAAGCUCCUGAGAUACUUCAACCACGAGAACAUCAUCUCCAUCCUAGACAUCCAGAAGCCCCGGAGCUACGAGACCUUCAACGAGGUCUAUCUUAUCCAAGAACUCAUGGAGACGGACAUGCACCGUGUCAUCCGAACCCAAGAUCUGUCCGACGACCACUGCCAAUACUUCAUCUACCAGACUCUCCGCGCCCUCAAGGCUAUGCACUCGGCUAAUGUCCUUCACCGUGACUUGAAGCCUUCCAACCUGCUUCUGAACGCCAACUGCGACCUGAAAGUCUGCGACUUCGGUCUGGCUCGUUCCGCCGCCUCGCAAGAAGAUAACUCGGGUUUCAUGACGGAAUACGUAGCAACACGUUGGUACCGUGCUCCCGAGAUCAUGUUGACGUUCAAGGAGUACACGAAAGCCAUUGACGUCUGGUCCGUUGGUUGUAUUCUGGCUGAGAUGCUCAGCGGAAAGCCUCUAUUCCCUGGCAAGGACUACCACCACCAGCUGACCCUGAUUCUUGACGUUCUCGGCACCCCGACAAUGGAGGACUACUAUGGCAUCAAGUCCCGCCGUGCGAGGGAGUACAUCCGUUCGCUCCCCUUCAAGAAGAAGGUUCCUUUCCGCACCUUGUUCCCCAAGACGUCCGACCUGGCUCUCGACCUCCUCGAAAAGCUCCUCGCUUUCAACCCUGUCAAGCGCAUCACGGUUGAGGACGCUCUCAAGCACCCCUACCUCGAGCCGUACCACGACCCGGAUGACGAGCCUACCGCGCCUCCUAUUCCCGAGGAGUUCUUCGACUUCGACAAGCACAAGGACAACUUGAGCAAGGAGCAGCUGAAGCAGUUGAUUUACCAGGAGAUUAUGCGGUGA